AUGGACAAAGAAGAGUCUACUCAUUCCCAAGCCGAUGUCCUCAUCAUCGGCGCCGGUCCAUCCGGCCUGAUGGCAGCCUACUGGAUGGCUCGCUAUGGAAUCAACGCACGUAUUAUCGACAAGCGUAAUACGAAAGUCUUCCUAGGGCAUGCAGACGGGCUUCGUGCACGCACGCUGGAGCUGUUUGAUAGCAUGGGGUUCCAACACCGUGUUCUGCAGGAAGGAUCCACCAGCACCGAAGCAAACAUCUGGGUUCCAGGUCCACAGGGAAAGCUUAUCAGACAGGCUUUCAUUAACGUUGCCAGGGUCGACGAGUCGCCCUUCCUCAACACAUGCUUGAACCAGGGACGUAUCGAGCGGUUCAUCCUCGAUAGUAUUCGGGAACACUCUGAUCUUGACGUGGAACGGGGCGUGAUCGCCGAGUCGUUAGAAUAUGACGAGGAAUUGAGUAAUGAUCCCAACUCAUAUCCUAUCACCGUCAAGGUCCGAGUUCUUGGUGAAGAUGAUUCGAAAGUCAAAGAUGGGUGUGAAACUACUGGGAAUGAGGUGAACCGCGAGGACUUGCUUCCUGAUGACUGGGCCGAUCUGGCCCCACGCAGAAAACCACAAAAGACGCAGAUUGAAACUAUCAAGGCCAAAUAUCUGAUCGGGUGCGACGGUGCCCACAGUUGGACGAGGAAACAGCUAAACAUCCCCGUGGAAGGUUCCAACACGGACCAUAUAUGGGGCGUGAUAGACGUGAUACCCCUCAGCGAUUUCCCGGACGUCCGUCGCUUAAGCAUCGUGAACAGCGCCGCAGGCACAAUCCUAGUAAUCCCACGCGAACGCGGCUUAGUCCGCUUCUACGUCCCCGUGCAAACCUGCGAAGCAGGCACAACCGACCGAUUCGACCGCUCAACAAUCACGCCGGAGCUAAUCCGGGAGCGCAUGCAAGCCAUCUUCGCCCCCUUUACCUUCGACUUCAAAGAAUCUAACUGGUGGACCGUCUACCAAGUCGGGCAGCGGAUUGCCUCGCAAUCCACGAAAGGUAACCGUAUCUUCCUUGCCGGUGAUGCGGUGCAUACGCACUCGCCUAAGAUGGGUCUUGGAAUGAAUAUGAGUAUGCAAGAUGGGUUCAACGUUGGGUGGAAGGUUGCCCUUACUGUGGCGGGUACUCUCAAACCUGAGGUUCUCGAGACUUAUGCUUCGGAGAGACACCCGCUUGCGGAAAUGUUGCUUGAGCUCGAUCGUCAUUGGUCGCCUAUGUUCAAUGAUCCCAAACCCGAAAUGGCGGAUACGAAAGCUUCGGAUAUGGCCCUUAUUGCGGGGAAGUUUGAGGACUUCGCUGAUGGGUGGAAGGUCUUUUACCCCGCAAGCAGUCUUGUUCGCAGGGCUGAAGACGAUGCUGAAUUUGCUUUUGCACGGCAUAUGAUUCCUGGGGAGAGGGUCCGACCAGCAAAGCUUCGCAAUCAGGCUGAUGGCGGUACAGUAUGGACAACAAGAGCGCUGGAAAGUGAUGGGCGCUUCCGCAUUCUUGUUUUAGCUGGGGAUAUGCGAGACUCAAUGCAGAAGCAACGCAUUGAGGCGUUGGGUCAGGCUUUAGAUGGACAGUCUGGAUCGAGCAUUUCACCCUUCGGUCGCUACUUGGAGAUUGCUGGUCGAUUCCAGUGUCCUAUUGACGUACUUACCGUCCAUUCUUCGCCGUGGAAAGACGUGGAAUUCUUUGAUUUCCCAGAGGUUCUGCGUCCAUUCGAUCCGGUGAAAGGAUGGGCAUAUGACAAGAUUUGGUGUGAUGAGGCUUGCAUAUUUGAUCGAUAUUGUGAUGGAACAGCAUAUGAAAAAUGGGGGGUUGACCGGGCUCGUGGGGCUCUGGUAGUUGUUCGCCCGGAUCAAUAUAUUGGAUGGGUGGGUGAACUUGAAGAUUUGGAGGAGUUGACGCAGUACUUGGAUGGAAUUCUUGUGAAAAGGUCGACAGACAAGGUUGACUUGGUCCUCUAG